AAUUUAUGGAAAAUAUGAUUGAACUAGAAUUGAGGCUUUCAAAGUCUCUUAAAUCUCUUACAUUAAGAUCUUGUUAAAGGCUGAAAAGAAUAACAGGGAACCUCUGUACGGCCUCAAAUCUUGUAAUAUUGGACAUAAGAGACUGCACUGAGCUCGAAGAAUGGGGAUGUCUGGCUAGUAUGGGCCGCCUAGAGAGGAUUAUGCUUCACCAUUGUUUGAAGCUGCACAAUUUAGAAGGCAUUGAAGAGUUGAACGGAUUGAAAUAUUUGAAUAUUUCUGGCAUCAAUAAAGCCUUACACAAUUGCAUUCCCAGGUUGCAGAGACUUCCAUCAGAGGUUACGGUUGUAAUUGGGGAAGCAUUCAAAGAUGUGAAUGAAACUAGUCACUGGUCAUACUUAAAUUCAGUACUACUUCCUUCUGUUGUUGGUGCGGAUGCAGUGAGUGGAAUCCAUUCCAGUGUGUCUGAACAGGAUUUUAAUGGCCUCAACUCAAUUUUGAUUGAUAAGCUCAGAACGCAACGUGCUCUUAGUGCAAUCAUAGUUUGUGCUCUGAUCGAAACUUCGGAUAGCCUGGAAAAGCUUGGAAUUCUCCUUUCUCCUAAUAAUCUGGUAGAAACCCAAGUGAAAUCUGGACAAUGGAUGGCCACCAUUGUAAUUGCUGGCCAAGAAGAAGUAAAUCAUGCGCAGCAGAAUAUCUACGAGUGGAUUCCGAGAGCUCCGUCAGGUGCAUUAAAGAAUGGGAAGCCCGGGUUCUACUUAGAUUAAUCACAGCCAGGAUGCAUAAGAGACUCUCCUAGUGCGCAAGGCAGAUCAGAGAAGACCGGUGUGCCACAGAGUUGUCAGGAUGGGGUUUGCCAGGGAUGGUGGCGACGCCCUCUGAAAAACAGGGGAUGAGUUGUCAAUCUAAGGUGAUGCC